UUCAUGAGAGAAACCCUUGAAUUAAAAGCUUCCAUCACCUACACACUGCAACUCCUUGGCGCCAAACCCAGUACCGACUGACAUUUUUUUUCUCUGUAAAGACCCCAAAAAAAGUAAUGAGUGCUUCUAAAACCCUCAUCGGUACAUCUUUAUCUACUCUUCAAUCCAAACUUGACUUAAACCUUAAACCCCUCUUCCUUCCUCUCUCUCUUCGCCCCCUCACUUCAGCUCCUUUAUGCAGUAGAAUUUGUUCUCGUAGAAUCCGAACGAGAUCUUUCUCGGCGGUACAGGACACUGCCCCUUUAGAAGAUGAAUCCCCGGAAGAAUUGGCAAAGGACACCGUGGAGCACCUGCUGACUCACCAAGAUGAUGUGUCAAGGUUGAUGAAAAUGGAGAGGAAAUCUGGGAUGGAAGUACCCAGUAAGUGGUUUCCAUACUUGGAUAGGUUUAGGUGUGGGAGUGACUACCUGACCAGCAGGGAGGUGCUGGAGGCGGUGGGACCAUAUUUGAUGGAGGAGAGGAAAGAAAGGUUGAAGAGGGUGGUGAGAAAUAGGAGCUAUUCAGUUUGCUUGGUAGUUGAGGGGUUGUGCGAUUUUGGCAAUGUUUCGGCCACGUUCAGGUCUGCUGAUGCACUUGGGUUGCAGUCAGUUCAUGUGGUGUCAUGUGACAGCUCGAAAAGAUACAGAGACAACCGUCAUGUUAGCAUGGGUGCAGAGAAAUGGUUGGACAUCGAACUCUGGAAGUCUCCCAAAGAGUGCUUUGAAGUUUUAAAAUCACGCGGUUAUCAGAUAGCUACAACACAUGUCGGAAUGGAUGCGGUAUCCAUAUAUGACAUGGACUGGUCAAGGCCAACUGCAAUUGUAGUUGGGAAUGAAAAUAGGGGAAUAAGUGAUGAGGCCCUGGAACUGUCAGAUUUGCAUUGUAGUAUUCCGAUGAAAGGCAUGGUGGACUCUUUCAAUGUUUCAGUGGCUGCAGGCAUAGUCAUGCACCAUGCUGUUUGUGACAGAACAACUCGCCUGGGUUGUCACGGUGAUCUGAAUGAGGAAGAAAGCCAAAUCUUACUUGCGGAAUUUUUGUUGCGUCAUAAUAAUAGCGCAAUUAGCAUAGCUAAUGAGUAUGCUAAGCGGAAGGCCACUAUGGCCGUGCCAGGGCUGUGAUGAAGUAGUCAACAGUUGGAUGUAUGAUUUACCGCUGUAAGAUAAUCAUAAAUUGCAACAUAAAAAUCUGAGAUGUGGCUGCUGAGAGAUGGAAAACAAUUUAUUUCAAGCCACUGAAGAAAAGGACCAAUUGAUCAAGUUGGUAGGUUAAGCGAGAGUUGUUAGAUGUAAUGCAGUGUAGUCAAAGAAUGCAACUUGGUAGUGUGUCACAGUCUAGAUAUGAUUUAUCAUUGUAGCUGCCAUAAGUGUUUUGGUGCAAGGACAUUUGUAGUGGAUUGUUUUCUUAUAGUUUUAAGUAGCUUCAAACAUUCUGCAAUGAAGAAAACUGAAAUAGUAAUUGUUUAA